UGGCCUACGAGGGGCACAUCAUGAGGCUGCUGAUCCUCCUGGGCCUGCUGUGGGGCUUCUCGGCGGCACUCCAAGACCCCAAGUGGCCUGAGCCUGUGUUUGGGCGCCUGGCAUCCCCCGGCUUUCCAGGGGAGUACCCCAACAACCAGGAGAAGCGCUGGGCCCUGACGGCACCCCCCGGCUACCGCCUGCGCCUGUACUUCACCCACUUCCACCUGGAGCCUUCCUACCGCUGCGAGUACGACUUUGUCAAGCUGAGCGCAGGGACCAGGCUGCUGGCCACGCUGUGCGGGCGGGAGACCACGGACACGGAGCGCGCGCCGGGCAACGACAGCUUCUACUCCCCGGGCUCCAGCCUGGACGUCACCUUCCGCUCCGACUACUCCAACGAGAAGCCCUUCUCGGGCUUUGAGGCUUUCUACGCCGCCGAGGACGUGGACGAGUGUCUGCAGCCCCCCGGGGGGACGCCGCCCUGCGACCACCACUGCCACAACCACCUGGGCGGCUUCUACUGCUCCUGCCGCGCGGGCUACGCGCUGCAGCGGGACCGGCGCACCUGCUCAGCCCUGUGCUCUGGCCAGGUCUUCACUGGCAGGUCUGGGGUGCUCAGCAGCCCCGAAUACCCACGGCCGUACCCCAAGCUCUCCCGCUGCACCUACAGCAUCCGCCUGGAGGAGGGCUUCAGCAUCACCCUGGACUUCGUGGAGUCCUUUGAUGUGGAGGCGCACCCCGACACCCAGUGCCCCUACGACUCCCUCAAGAUCCAAACAGACAAAGAGGAAUGGGGCCCGUUGUGCGGGAACACGCUGCCGCGCAGGAUCGAGACCAAGAGCCACGCCGUGACUGUCACCUUCGUCACCGACGACUCGGGGGACCACACGGGCUGGAGGAUCCGCUACAGCAGCACAGCUCGGCCCUGCCCUGAUCCCGUGGCGCCACCGCACGGCCGCAUCUCGCCGGUGCAGGCCGCCUACGUGCUGCGGGACCGCGUCUCCGUGGCCUGCGAGCCGGGCUACGAGCUGCUGCAGGGUCAGUUGCCCCUGAAAUCAUUUGUGGCCGUCUGCCGGAAAGAUGGAUCUUGGGACCAGCCGAUGCCAGAGUGCAGCAUUGUCGACUGCGGCCCUCCCGAGGACCUGCCCAGCGGCCGCGUGGAGUACGUCACGGGCCCCGAGGUGACCACGUACCGGGCCGCGAUCCAGUACCGCUGCAACGAGACCUUCUACGCCAUGCGCGCCGGCGACGGUAAAUACGUGUGUGCGGCUGAUGGAUUCUGGACGAGCUCCAAAGGAGAAAAAUCACUCCCCGCCUGCGAGCCUGUGUGCGGCCUGUCAGCCCGCGCUACCGGAGGCCGCAUCUACGGAGGCCAAGCCGCCAAGCCCGGCGACUUCCCGUGGCAAGUCCUGCUGGCCGGCGAGGGCAUAGCCGCGGGCGCGCUCCUGUCCGACAAGUGGGUGCUGACGGCCGCGCACGCCGUCUACGAGAAGAGAGAGGACGCCCCCGCCCUCGACAUCAGAAUGGGGACCCUGAACAGACGGUCGCGCCACUACACCCAGGCCCGGGCCGAGGCCGUCUUCAUACACGAAGGCUACGCGCACGGCGCCGGCUUCGACCACGACAUUGCGCUGAUCAAGCUCAAGGACAAGGUCGCCGUCAACGGCAACGUCCGGCCAAUCUGCUUGCCAGGGAGCGCGGCCGAGGCCUUCAUGAGGCCCGACGCCAUCGGCACCGCCUCUGGGUGGGGAGUCACCCAAAGGGGCUUCCCCGCCCUCAGCCUCAUGUUCGUGGACGUGCCGGUCGUGGACCACCAGCGGUGCAGGGAGGCCUACGAGCGGCAGCGCCACCCCGGGGGCAGGGUGACGGCCAACAUGCUGUGCGCCGGCCUGGAGGGCGGGGGCAGGGACAGCUGCCGCGGGGACAGCGGCGGGGCGCUGGUGUUCCUGGACAACGAGACAGAGAGGUGGUUCGUGGGGGGGAUAGUGUCCUGGGGCGCCAUCCACUGCGGGGCAGCAGGUCAGUACGGGGUCUACACCAAAGUCAUGAACUACAUUCCCUGGAUCGAGAACAUCAUUCAUAAUUUUUAAUCGGGGUCUUCAGUCAGCACGUCCUUCCCUAGCUUAAGAAACACCUGCACGCGAGCUCAGCAGCAGCGACACCCCAGAAGCAUGAGCACGCCGGCCGCUGUUCCCCCCACAGCCGAAAGCACACGGCAGGCGAGACCGCCGUCACAGGCCCUUUCGGGCUGACAGGUUCCCCCCAGCCCUCCUCCCGGGAGGCCUUCGCAGAUACAGACUCGCGCUGCUUCCCUUCAUGUCCCCAGGAAGUCCUGGCGUCUUUGGCUGGUGGGCCGCUGCCUUUCUGUACCUGCCUGUUCAACUGAACUGUUUUCAGCUUGCUCUCACUGACCCCUGAGAGAGCUUCACACGGCAACAGCAGCACUGGUGCUGGAAUAACCCUGAAUAUUUGGGGGGGUAAAUAAGCUGGAAACAUGGAUACUUGAGCCUUGGUAACGACAGGUUUCCAUGUUACAAAUCGGGAUCACGGAGGGUGAGGUAAUUUUUCUCUACUCAAAGUGGCAGAGAGAACACGGAGUAGCGUGAUUCACAUCGGCAGAACACUACACAUUUCUAAAGGAAAAUAUGCAACUCGUUUCAAAAGUCUUUUAGAAGCACGCAUGGUACGCACAGUCUUUAGCUUAGUUAAUCCCAAUUCUAAGAGUCCAGCUUAGCUGCGAGGAAGUUCCCAGCGCUGGGAAGUGACCCCAGCAGUCAACAAAUUCAGAAGAUGGUGGACUGGAGGGUGUCACUCCCAUCCCAUGAAAUGUGACAUCAGAAGUGGUGACAUUAUAAAUACUUGGCAUUUCCUUCUCCUCCUUACAACGAACAUGAUACGCCUGGGCACACUGAGCAACAGAUCACAGACCACACAACAGCCGGCUAUGGUAUGGGAAGCUGGAUACACAAUUCUGGAAUCUCCUCGGCAUCACUCUCCUAGUGCUCAACACCACAAACUACCCCAAUCACCAGCACACUCUUCUGAAGUAGAGAACAUCCUUUCCUGAGGACAAAACUUCAGCUGACUUUAAUCUUACUUCAUUUUAGUUGGUUACUCGUCCCUUAAACACGGUAGUAGCUAACAUUUCACCACAUUUUUCGUUCUAGUCAAAUAGUUACCAUUAUAUGUAAAAAUUCAUAGUGAGGUUGGGCCUAAUUUCUCUUGAACAUACAAACGACAACUUCCUGAGAGACACUGUUUAAAACUAACUUUCCAGUAUUUCUGUCACAUACGAAAAAGCAUUAUUUUCCAGUAAGACUCCAGACACUAAACUGUGGUGGCAACAAAAAAUUUUAUUCAAUUGGUUCAAAAUUUUUUUUUAGAAUGCAUUAAGAUGACCAAAUAAGACUUUAAA